AGUUACAAACAUAGAACUUGAACUCUUAUCACCUAUGCCUGUCACGAUUUCACCCAAAAUGAGAUCAGAAAGUGAAAGAAAGCGAUGGAGGAGGAAAAAAGAUCAAGAUUCAACAGGAUUUGCGUUUUCUGCGGGAGCAGUUCUGGGAAGAAACCCAGCUACCAAGAAGCCGCCAUUGAACUUGGCAAACUCCUCGUGGAGAGAAGGAUUGAUUUGGUGUAUGGAGGUGGAAGCGUGGGUCUGAUGGGUCUUGUUUCUCAGGCAGUUCAUGAUGGAGGGCGCCAUGUUCUAGGGGUAAUCCCAAGGUCUCUCAUGCCUAGAGAGAUAACUGGUGGACCAAUUGGAGAAGUGAGAGCUGUCUCUGAUAUGCAUCAAAGAAAAGCCGAGAUGGCCCGGCAAGCCGAUGCCUUUAUUGCCCUCCCUGGUGGUUAUGGCACCCUUGAAGAACUUCUUGAAGUCAUCACAUGGGCUCAGCUUGGAAUCCACAAGAAACCUGUAGGGCUAUUGAAUGUGGAAGGUUUUUAUAACUCAUUGUUAUGUUUCAUUGAUAAAGCCGUCGACGAAGGGUUUAUCUCCCCAAUUGCACGUCGCAUAAUCGUGUCUGCCCCCACAGCCAAACAGUUGGUCCAAGAACUCGAGGAAUACGUGCCACAGUGCGACGAAAUAACGGAGAAGUUGGUGUGGGAAGAUGUUGGAAGGAUAAAUAAUUUCACACCGGUGGUGGAAACCGGCGUUCCGACUGCAUAACGCCCUAAUGUGAUAUGAUCAUGAUGAUGUCUUACCAAGUUUAUUAGCCCUUUAAAUAUGGAUGGGAGUUGACAACUUUUGCAGAUAUAA